GGGCCCUCUCCUGCUGCACUGGAGUUGAGUAGUCGGCUUUCGCACACUUCUUGCAGCGGCAGAGCAGCUUUUGGCUGCUACUAAUCUUCCCUUGCUUCAAGUACUCUCGCGCUCACGUCGCAAACAGAAAGAAAAAUGCAGCGAGCAGCCUCUGUCACCAACAAGAAAGAAUGCGAAACCAGCAGGCCUAUUAACAUUGAAAACGAGCUCCAAAAGCUGCGAACAGCGUUUGGCCUGCUGGACCGAGACAGAGAUGGACGCGUGACCGCCGGCGAACUGCAGCACAUGCUGACAAACUUGGGAAUCAACGUCAGCUCCGAUUACCUCGCUGAACUUCUUACUCAGGCCAGCGAAUCAGGGGCGAGCUUGGUGAACGAGUCUGAGUUCCUGCAAUGGGUUACGCACAUUGAAGCUGUGACCGCUGCAGCCACAGAGUCAACUUCUGACGCGACAAACAGUCUGGCGAGCAGACUGAACUCGGUGUCCAUCGACGAGGAAGACGUCAGUGAAGACUUGCUCGCAGCGUUCAGAGUUUUUGAUAAAGACUCGAACGGAUUUAUCACGAGAGAUGAGCUAAGAACUGCAAUGGAAAUCAUUGGGGAGCCAGUGACUGAGAAAGAACUGAGUGAAAUGCUUAGCAUCGCAGAUAUCGACAGGGAUGGCAGAAUCAACUAUGAAGAGUUUGCAAAGUUGCUGUCAUAAGGGAAAGAGGCUGAAAUAGAUUUUAAGACGUUGAAAAUUAUUAUUCCUGAUGCUGUGAGAUCAAAUUAAUUAAUCUACUAUAACUUUUAAUUUGCGAAGUGGUUAUGUUCGUGAUGAAUUCUGUAUUUGAAUCGCAAACCCUCAGGUUUUAAUUGUUUCUCUCAGAAUAGUCACUGUAAUCCUUUAGCUCAUAGUUUAGUAUUAUUUUCAUUAAGUGUUUUCUCAGAGCUAUUUUUAAAACAAUGCUGUUGCAGUUGUAUGUUGUUAUAUCUGUGCACAAUUUUAACUUGUGUGCAUUAAAUAAAGUUAUAUAUA